UUGGGGGGAUGCUAUUCCCGGUCCCCUGGCGCCUCAGGGCGCGAUGAGAUCCUGGGGCGCCCGGGGGCCAUGGCGGAAGUCAAGGGGUCAGGCCAUUCCGGGACGCUGGGGGCCACCUGUGGCGGCGCGUGGCGGGGGGCGUGCCUAGGCUCACCCGCUCGAGGGCCCGCCGAGAGCAAGCGGCGGGCGCAGCUGAGCCCAAGUCCCAGCACCCGGCCCGCGCCUCGGGCUUCCGCCGGGUCAGCUGACUACUUAAGUGCGGAACUGCGCGCCCCGCCGUGCUGCCAGCCGCCGCCGCGCUCUGCGCUCAGUGCUCGGCUCUCGGUGCUCCGCGCCUGCCCUCGGUGCUCCGCGCCGCGCGUCCGCCCAGUCGUCAUGGCCGGGCUCGUGGUCAGUGGAACUCAAGUGUCCUACAUAGGCCAGGACUGCAGAGAAAUUCCAGAGCACCUUGGCAGGGACUGUGGACAUUUCGCAAAGAGGCUCGAUCUGAGCUUUAACCUUCUGAGGUCACUGGAAGGACUGAGCGCGUUCAGGAGCCUGGAGGAACUCAUCUUGGACAACAAUCUGCUCGGGAACGACCUCAUGUUGCCAGGGUUACCCAGGCUUCAUACCUUAACCCUCAACAAGAACCAGAUCACUGACUUGGAGUGUCUUCUUGAUCACCUGGCAGAAGUGACACCAGCGUUGGAGUACCUCAGCCUGCUGGGUAAUGUGGCCUGUCCCAACGAGCUGGUCAGCUUAGAAAAGGAUGAGGAAGACUACAAGAGAUACAGAUGCUUUGUUCUGCACAAGCUGCCCAAUUUGAAGUUUCUGGAUGCCCGGAAAGUAACCAGACAAGAACGAGAGGAAGCUUUGCUCAGAGGGUCAUUCAUGAAGGUGGUGAAGCCCAAGGCUUCCAGUGACUGCAUCACGGCCUCUCCAGUGCACCACUAUACACCCCUGCCUUCUGCUUCCAGGGAUCUCACCAAUCAUCGAGAUGAAAAUUUGCAUUAACAAGGAGGAAGCUUUGCAUGUAUAACGGAAAAUUAAUUUUGAAAAUUUUGUCAUGAGAUGAAACACAAAACUUUUUGAUAAAGCCUGGAGUCACAGAAACACUGCUCAUUUGCAUUCUUCUUUGGCUCAUCAUUCCUGAAAAUGAUCUUUGUGAUAAUGGAAGAAGCACUGAAUCAGAAGAACUGAAAGCCAACCAUAGCUUUUUCCUAUAAUAAUUUUAUCUUUUUGAAUGCAUUUUUUUAAUCUUUCUAAAUCUUAUUUGCUUCAUCUGUGGACUGGGGGUAAUAUAACCUAUCUGUUAAUAAUAGGGAUUAAAUGAAUGAUGAAUUUAAAGCACCCGGUAGAGUGUCUUGCACACAGAAUGAAUGAGUAUCUGAUGCUGUGAAGGGCUAUGGAUGUGCCAUGUUUCUGGGGGACAAUCUGCCUCCAUCUCCAGGGACAUGCCUGAUGCAGAAGACAAUUCUACCAAAAGAAAACUCAAAACAGAGAACGUUUAUUAUGUUAAUGGUUAGAUGGCCUAAGGACUUAUUAUGUUCAGGGGCAGAAAUUUUGUUAUGUCUUUUCCUGUUAAUGUUAGAAAGAAAAUCCUCACCCCAUUAGAAUCACUCAUUGUAGUGCUGCUCAACAUGUCCCAAGCCCUUCCUGCCCUUGAGAAUCUGCCCAGCCUCUAUGCUGUAGCUGUCAGGGACUGUAACUGCCUUUAACGUCCAAGAGUGAUUGGUAGAUAUCAUGCCACAUGGUCCCUAGAAUACAUGGGCAUAGGUCAUUCCAGAUAGGAAGAUGAGACAUGUGAAUUGAAUUGCAGAAGUGAGAGUGGAUAUCCCAUCUUGUUCCUAAUGGAGGGAAAGCACUCAGUCUUACCAUUUUCAGUAUGAUGUUAGCUGUGGUUUCUGUAGGUGACCUUUAUCAGAUUGAGGAACUUCCCUUUUAUUCCUAUGUUUUUGAAAGGUCUUAUCAUGAAAGAAUUUUGAAUUUUGUCAUUUUUUCUGCAUCAGGUGAUAUGAUUAUAUUUUUCUCAAUCUGUUGAUGUGGUAUAUUAAAUUUAUUUUUAAAUAUUGAAACAACCUUGCAUUUCUAGGAUAAACCCUACUUGGUCAUGAUGUCCUAUACUUGCUGUGUACUGCUGGAUCCAAUCCUCUAAUACUUUAUUACAGAUUUUUGCUUGCAUAUACACGAGGAAUAUUGUUCUGUGGUUUUCUUUCCUUGUAAUAUAGUUACCUAGUUUUGGUAUCAGUAUAAUGCUGGAAGCAAUAAAAUAAAUUGGAAAGUAUUCCCACCUCGUCAAUAUUUUGGAAAAGUUUGUGGAGAAUUGAUAUUAUUCUUUGAUAAAUCCUUGGUUGAA